AGCACACGUCCAUCUUCCAUCCUUCCGCCACCAUGUCUGACUCUGAGUCCUCCCGUUCCAACAAUGGCCGCCCCACUGGUGUUGCAAAGCCUCCGGGGACACAGAUUCGUCGGCGAGCGACUGGUUCGCAGGUCUCGAAGCCCAAUUCAUCACGCGCGGCGGGGGCUGGCGGCUCGUCAAACACCAUGCUGAAGCUCUACACGGACGACUCACCAGGGCUCCGAGUUGACCCCUUCAUCGUCCUUGUCCUCUCCCUCUCCUUCAUUGCCUCCAUCUUCUUCCUCCACAUCUCCGCGAAGAUCAUCCGCGCGUUCACCAAGUGAGCGGCGGAUUCGGGCUGCGCAGCUAGCAUACUUUUUGGGCUUGGUGUCGAGCUGGCAUCAUGAGGGCUCACGGACUGGAGGGACGGCCUCGCCCCCGGCUGUAUUGACCGGCAUAUAUCGCGAGGGGAACACCGGUACGACGUGUCCGUUGUAUCAAAACUGGUGCUCUUCGGGGCUUCGCAUACUACUUAUCUUAUUCACUCGCUGUUUUAAACCCUG